UAUGCCUAUAAGUCAAGCUCUUAAUAUUAACUAGAAUUUUAGUCUAAAAUGAAGUGUCUUUGGGUUCUAUUGUGUGCUUUGAUUGUCCUGGUCCACAGGAUCCAAGCGGAAUGCAUUUCAAACUGCACUGGAGUUAAUAUUACAGAGGCGUGUGCCUAUAAUGGCUGCUUUUUCAAUGCCGAGCUUUGUUCUUUAUCCUAUUUCAACUGUCAUCGUCAAUUGAGGGGCGCGAAUUUAUUUUUUGUAGCUUCAAUGGGCCUUUGCACCCGCGAACAUGUACCAAGAUGUACUACUCUUGAUGUUUAAUUGAAAGUAAAAUGUUUUUGCUUA